CAAUUAUUAAUUCUUCAUUAUUAAUAUUGACAUUGUGUUGAUUUUAUGUUUUAUAUUUAAUUUUUUAAUUUUGUUAAAGAACUUAUUGUUCAACUGACUUUCAUGUUUCAAUUUUUGUAAUUUUCUUAAAAUACAUAAUAUCACGUGAGUUUCAUAUUUUUUUAAAUCCCAUAUACGAAAUGAAAAAUAAAUUUUACCUAAGUUUUGAAUGAAAAACUUUAUUUUGAAAAACUAUGUAUUGUAUAAUAUAAUAAUUAUUCAAGUGGAUUAGGUGAAGUUCGGGUUGAGUCGGUCGGGUUAUGGGUUAGUCGGGCUCGAAUCAAUCGGGUUUGGAUUUAAUCAAAUUGCGGGUCAAUCGGGUUCGGGUUAACCGGGUAGCGAGUUAGUCGGGUUUCGUGUUAGUUGGGUUGCGGGUCGGGCGGGUUGCAGGUUGUUGACUUUUAGUCAAUUCGGGUUGUGGUCGGGUUGCGGGUUGCUAACUUUCAAAAAGUUAGAAGCAGGUGAACUUAAGACCUCUAAGCUUAGCAUCACCUUAGCCGCCGUUCGGUCAUUAGCUCGAAGGGUGUUGUGGAGGACAUGAUGGUGAGAGUGGGCAUGUUUUGCUAUCCGACCAAUUUCGCUAGUCUCGACAUAAGUGAGGACUCGGAUAUGCCACUCAUCCUCGAUCGUUCCUUUCUUGCCACCGCCAAGGCAUUGAUAGACGUUAAUAAGAGGACCUUAAUUCUAAGGGAUGGUAAGGAGAGAAUCAAGCUUGAAAUUGACCCUAAGGUUAGGAGUGAUGAAGUGACGGAAGUGGUUUCAAAUGAUGUGAAUGAGAGUGGAGGAGAGCCUCUCAAGGCAAACCCCACCAUUCCUUGUGCUGCUUUUGGUAAUGUGGUGCAGGAAAUGAAGGAAGGUACUAUGCCCAAGGAGAAGAGGAAGAAUGCUUGGAGGAAAAAGAUGAAAGAAGCUUUGGUCCGAAGGAAGGAGAAGGCCAAAGAGAAGUUGGCCUAUCAAGAAGGCCAACUCAUGGAGCCUAAGACGGGAUACUACAAGCCUCGCCCUGAGAGUGUGGUGGAUCCACUCUCAGAGGCAUCAUGAUCCAAGUCGUGAUCGAUCCCCAACCGUCAAGGUAAUGACGAAAAAUUAGCGCUUGUUGGGAGGCAACCCAACGAAGGUUUAUUUUCUUUUCCUUAUUUUCAUUUUUAUGUCGAGUGAAGAUUUCGAGUUGUGAAGUGGUGUCCCUGUGCCAAGUUUUGUGGUUUUGUUGAUUUACGGUUUUGUUGUGAUCGAUUAGGAGGCACGAGGGAAUAGGUUGAGUCAAAUUUUUCUCAGAAGUGUCCUGUUUUCUCUGGUGUUCACGAACGGAUUGCUGCGUUCACGGUCUUACAAGACCAAACAGGCAAACGUGUCCGUGAACUAGACACUUCUGCAUGAUCAUCACCUGUCGCGACUAGCCCCACUUCACGGACGCAUUUAAGUGUUCACGGUCGCUAAGACCGUAAACAAGGCAACGCGUCCGUGAACUCCGAGUUGUGCCUAUAAAAGGGGCUUGAACGU